AUGCUUGAAGAUCCACUUCUGAUGCAGCAGUAUUCAAAUAUAUUGCAUAUUUUACUACAAGUUUGCACCCGGCCUUUUGUCCAAGACAAGUUGGUUCAACACGGAGGUGUUUUUAAACUUUGUCAACUUGCUCAAUCUUCAGACGAAACAAUUUCCAAGCUAUGCAAACAAAUUUUAUCUGAGAUCCGCAAUGGUCCCACUGCCUCAGUUUCAAACUCGCCUCUUAAUCAACUUGCCACACCUUUACAGAGAUCCUGCAGCCACAAGUCACAAAAUACUAGACUUUUACCUAAAGAGCAACAUUUCACCAGCCCUGAGAAUAUCAAACUGCAAUCAGUCCCUUAUAGUAACUCCGUAAAAUUUGAUGUUUGCUCAUUUGAGCGAGUGCAUUUAAGUUUGCUAGAUUUGGAAGCAAUUGAAAGAUUUUCUGCACUUGUUGUAGGCCCUUUAGAUGACUAUGACCUAGAAAUGAAGUUGUUUGACAUCAUCUGUAUGGACUUUGGCUCUCAGGCAUUUUUGCAACAACCUCAUGUUCUACGGGUACAACUUAUUCUUUCUGGUAUGGAAUUGUCAUACUCUGGUAGACCAGAGCAAAGCUUGGUAUAUUUAAAAAGAAUAGCAAUUGCAUGGGGAACUCUAUUUAGAACGUUUAUAUCAUCACCGGUUUCUACAGAAUUGGUAACGCCGGCUUGUGCAACUCCAAACAUAUCUGUGGAUGGAACUAUUUUUCACUCUGUACCAGAUAUAAUCAGUGAAGACUAUGCUAUAUCUUUGCCAUUUGCUUGUCACGAAAUACUGGUUCAUUUAUCGCCAUAUUUACGACCAAAUUCGUAUACAAACUCGAUUCUACAGAUUCUAGAGCAUGUCUUGCCAUUUAUCAAAUUCCAUGUGGAGACAGUCGUGUUUAAAACAGCUUUGGAUUUACAACCAUUUACUUUUGAAGACGCUGCCAUGUUUUACUUUGCUCAAUUAGCAUCUCAAGUAAAACACUUUUCAAUCAAUCCUACUCAUCCUGAUCACACCAUUGGGAUGUUCAAGUAUCAGGUCAUGCUUUUAGCAGUACAGGUUUUCUGCUCAGUGUGCCAGCUAUGUGUGAAUACAAAUAGUGCUAUAUCUCGGAUGAUUCAAUUUGCUUUAAUGGAAAAUUCAAUGCCUUUUUUUGUGACAGAGCUCAGUCUGUAUCAGUUUAAAACUCCCAGUCCAGACGCAUUUGCUUUUCUUGACUGGUUAAUGAAUACAUCUCCUCAUGAUCCUGCCAUUUCGACUAUUAUUCCUCAUAUACACGCACUAGUAGACAAAGAUCCACGCUUUCAAACAGUCAAAGUUCUUGAUCACAUUGCAUUUAUACUUGCUUGUAACUUGGCGGAUGAUUCUUUGGAGUGUUUUAACUUAUUGGGAGAUGCAUGUAUUGAUAGAUUGUUAAAUGCGCUUUCCCCAAAAGACUUGGUCAGUCAUUGCUUUGUUCUUCAAGCACUACCGUCAUUUUCAGCAGCAAUUGCUACAAAAGUUAUUGAAGAGUGCAAGACAGUUUGGUCACCUCAUGAAUUGUGUCUUUUUUUGAUCAGGGGUUUAUUCCAUCGUGAUGAAAAUAUCAAUUCCGUAUCACUGGCUACCUUUAACUCCAGCUUGAGCAUAUCGAUUACAAAUGCAUUUGUUUCUUCUCAUUUGUCUGAAACAGUUCUUGACGAGCCAUUAGAAAGUGGCGUAUCUACACCAAAGGUCAGCUUGCCAGAUCUACUCAAAAAGCUGUCAAUUGCAGUCGAAUCCAAUACUCUUCAAGUUGGACUGUCUGCAGAAGUUUUGGCAUAUAAGAGGCAAAAUUUGGUGACCACUUUGGUUAGUGAAGCAGAGAUUGGUUUGUUUAACUACGUUGCAAAAAUAUGCACAACGUUUGAUCAUCUUUCUGAAGAGGAUCUCUGUGGAUUUGUAUCUGUUUUGCGCAUGUUUUGUGAAACAUCUAGCAAGGCACGAGAAUCCAUGCGUUGCACAUAUUUUGACUUUAUUUUUGGUCUUUUUAAAGAAAUCGAUUCGGCAUCCUUGACUUUUAAGCUUGAUUUUGCUCGUUUAUGUUUUGCAGUUAGUUUUUCAGAUCUUGACAAAAGUAUUUAUCCGACAAACUCUUUACAGUCAAAGGCGAUUUCCUCCAGACACCAACUACUUCCAGUACCGCAGGGAAUUUAUAAAAGAUUUCAUGUAUUUGGACCGACUCGUCAUUUUUUAAAAUCAAAUGAGGAUUUUUUAAGCCAUUCUACUCAAGAGAAAAUCUGGCUAUAUCUCAAUAAUCUUCAAUUUGGCAGUUUAUCGAGCUCAAACUUGCCAAGAAAUGCAAUCAGCAUGUUUGUAAAGCAAUAUUUAACUGCUCUCACUGAUGCGUCAGCACACGAGGCUUUUUGCGGAUCACUUGAGCAUCUUGCUUUGGUUGCUACAUUAAAGACAACUAAAUCCUAUAUUGAAGGAUCAAGUGUAUAUCAGCACAUAUCUCGUUUCUUGACAACUAUGCCACGCAGUGCUGAAGAUCAUUUGCUACUGGUGUGCGUUGUUAAGUUUAUUAGAGAGUGUGAUUAUUUUUAUAUCGACCACUUGCAAGUUUAUCUUGCUUCAAUCAAGCAAGUGCUAUUUCCACUUUUGCAGCGACACAUUGACGCUGUAGAUUUGAGUGGAUGUGAAUCAUAUCCUAGCUCUCAUUGUGCAAUAGCUUCAUCAGAGAUCUUGGCCUUUUUAAGCUGGCUGUUUACAAAGCUACCGUUAUGCGAGCUAUCAAAACUUUCUGAAGCAACGCCAUGCAUUGUAAUUCUCAAAAACUACACACAUCAACUAUUUGCCUCGGAAAGUGGCAAGGCAAAGAACCACAUGGAACGAAUCAAUUGCUUUUCCGUGUUACUUUCUCUAGUUAGUUUACCCAACUUGACCAUCUCAAUUGGUAGUACUGAUGUGAUUGCAGAAAUGAUCCAUCUGUUUGUCCAGGUUCUGGGAUUUUCCCAACAGAAUUACAUGAACUUUUCUAAUGGAAACACAUUUACUUAUAAAGAUCGUGUCAUUUAUCGAUGUGCUGCACUAUGCUUAAGAACUUUGUCACGGUCUGGACUUGAUGUGCAAAGACACACACUGUUUUUGGGCGAUCAUUGGCUAUUUGAUGGGGAUAUAGAUUGGCUAAUAAACCUAUUACACGAUGAUGAAAAAAUCAUGCAAAAGUACGGCCUUGGAAUUUUAGGAAAUUUCAUUUUAAUUGGUGGAGGCUUGUCAUACAUUGAGGCAAAAAUACCUCAGUUUUUGAAUAUGGCCUUUUCGUUUGUGUUUGACCAGGAACAGCACGCAGCCAAACGCAAAGAGUCUUUAGUAAUUAUAAACAACUACAUAGUUGCUACUUUUCAAGGACUCCAGUCUAAAGCAUCUGUCGAAACUCGCGUUUUGGAUGUAGUGCAUGACGAGGUUAAAUUGCUUGAAUUGAAGUUUGUAAAUAUUUUGGAUAAGUUUGGCUUAUUCGAGCAUUUUGGUGAUUUAUUUCAUCAUCAUUCAAACACACCAUAUAUUGCUGCAUUGGCUGAGCUUUUGAUGAACUUGUCUGUGCUUUUGCCUGGAUACGUUGGACAUCGUCUUUCUUCUGCUUCAUAUUGGUCUGUGCUAAUGGAACAUACUUUAAUGGAUCGGCGAUUUUUUGGUCAGCCAAUUCCAUCGGCUUUAAACAUAACUGAUUCUGAUAAUUCAAUAAGGAAUUGUCCCUACUCAAGUUUGCAGAUAUUUGAGCAUGCACAAUGGCGACAAACUCAUCAUUGCUUGGCGUUAUCAGCAGUUCAAAAUGUACUUGAAACAAUUCGAUUUUUGACGUAUGAUAAUGCAUCACUAAAGAACAUGCUUAUUGGACAAACAGAUAUUUUGAUGUAUAUAUGUCAAACAAUUGGCGAUCUUUGGGGACUGGCCAUGCAAUAUCAACAUUGUCCAAUUUUCGCAGCCUUGGAUUUAGAUCAAUGGGCGAAUACGCUUUUGACAGCAUUUUCGCUUUUUGCCGAUCUACUUUCGGACCUGUCUAUUCAUUCUCCAGACGCACUAUCACGAAUAUUUACGCAUACUGAUAUAGGCAAACACUUGGUUCAACUUGUUGCACUUUCACUUGACAUGACUCAUCCAAUUGCCCACAGAUACGGGUGUAUUUUAAUUUCUCGACUUCUUACAUUGCAUUAUGGCGAAUUAGUUAAAUUGGAUCUUGACAAGAUUUUUGAAACCAUGCCAGAUUUUAAUAUAGACCAUAACGGCUUGCUUGAAUUUUGCUAUCGAGUAAAAACACCUCAAGUAUAUGAUCCCAAGGAUUUGGAGCAGGACACAGUUGGCGCGCGGAUUUAUCGCUCACUGAUUUCCCAUUUUCUUGAUUACCAAGAUAUUCCAGAUGCCGUUCUACUAGAGUCUAUUAGAUUAUCAUUACAAUGUUUGCUUGGAAGAUGUGAAUUUUCAAAAUCAAUGGCGAUAUCAGGCCAGCUAACUCGCACUCUUAACCAAAGGCUAGGUCGAGUUUUACAAAAGACCGUAAAAGGAAAGUUGGACAAUGCGGAUCAAGAAAAUCUUUACGCUUGUAUAUCCUUGCUAAGACAUUUGUUUGCUGGGUCGACUGCUGGAAAGCUUUCAGGUGUAGAGAAUCGUGUAACCGUUACCAUUUCCCAGAUUAUAUCACUCCAAGAUAUUCACGAGCGCCUACUUUUAGAAUGUUUUGGCUGUCUUCGAAAUUUAAUAACCAAGUGUGAUUCAGCCAAACGGUUGGUUCUUGAUUGGAAGCAGUACAAAAAGCCAUGCAUCAGCAUUUUGGACAGUAUUCGACGGAUGUACCAGGACUCUUCCCAAUCCAGUCAAGUGUUUUGUACUAUAAUGGAGGUGCUGAAACUUUUGGUACUUGAAAAAACCACAAGAGCCACACUAUUCAAGAUCAAUAUCAAUGCGGAAUUGCUGCUUGUUUUGGAGAGACUGUUUCAGAAUAAGGAGACUACUCGAUCGAGAGCCAUUAUUGGCUAUUUCAUUAAUGCAACAUAUACUACUGAUGGACAACUAGCUAUCAUGCGUAUAGAUGGACUGCUACCAGUGCUCACGAAUUUUUUAGGUUCUAAAUCGACAGAUGUUUGUGAAAGCGUACUUCCAUUGCUUAUAAAUUUAUCUUUAGCUCGAGAAAACAAGAUCCAUAUACUGGCUAAUGAAAAUAUGAUUUGCAUACUGCGUCAGAUUUGCACUUCAGACUCACUAAGGCUGAUUGCGAAAGCAACAACCCUCGUCAGGGUUCUCUUGUGCAAGUCUGAAAAAGCCAAAUUUUCUUUAAAACAAAGUAGUUUUGGUAUCACUGCAACUGAAUUGCAAGACCGCCUUUGUACAAAGUAUCCUGGAUAUAUUUCUAAAAUGACUAAAGAAGCAAGCAAUGGAAAUGAGCUACAUAUAGCAAAUAAUUUUACUGGUGCACUUCCCGAGGAAGAAAAACGGCUGCUAUCAGAAGCAUUAAACAAUGCAGUAUAUAUAUCAAGACAUUUACAAUCGUAUUCACGUAAAGCGGGACAUUAA